AGCAGAAUUGUGGUGGGCUGUUUGUCUGUGUGAAGCUGGCAUGGCCUCCCGUUCCCCUGCAUCUGGUCCCCAUUAGCAGAGCCGAGCAUAUAAAGCUGAGAGCUGACAGGGGCAGGGAACACUCGAGUUCCUGCCUGGAUCAUGGGGUUUACUAUCUGGCUGUGUGUGCUGUGCCUGCAAGCGAGCCUGCUGUCACAUGCCCUCGACUGCUCAGGAUCAACACAGGGAGAGCUGUGUGUCAGCGGACAGACCGCAGACGGACAGUAUGAUGAUCAGAAGCAGCAGAGGGAGCUGCCCUUGACUGAUGGACAGGUUUUGUUCAGACGUAAGAGACAGCAGGAGAGGAGGGGUCCCACCCACCUGAGCCACUCCAGCCUUCCCGGGGCUGUCUCUGUCAAAGGCUUCCCAAACACUCUCAUCCAGACUGAUAGGUCCAGACGACACUUGGCUCAAGCUGCAACAAAGAAAAAGAACAAACGUAAAUCCCGCGUUGGCUCCUUCUCCCUCCUUAGCAACGACAAGAAAUCUAACCCCCUACAGGUGACUCGAGCAAAGAGACAGGUGAAGCUCGAUCCUUCAAAGAGAGGGAACUCAAAUCGUUCGGGGGCUUUCUCUGUCCUGGGAGACCCGCAGACUGACGGACAGACGGACAGACCCAAAAGAAGCAUUUAGAAGAUGGAUGCUACAAAAAUAAAAAAUCUAGCAAACAGUGUGCAUGUUCAAACGUGUCCACAUUUUGCUGAAAACAUGUUAAGAAACUGAACAUUAGAGGGAAAAUCUGACAUUUGGACCAAUAACUUCUAUGUUGAUUUAGUUUGAUGUUUGUGACCAUCAGUGAUGUUUCAACUGUAGACUCGCUGAUCUGAAUGAGCUAGUCCACACUUAGGGAUUCUUUAUAUGCACUAUUUUAAGUUUCUAAUAUAUACCUGCAUGAUAUAAAAAUUAAAAGAUCCCAUAUUAUUAUUCUAGUUUUCCAUUGUGUUGUAACCUAUUUAAUCACAGAUUCCUUAUGAAGAUUGGGGGUAUAUUUUUGCAGAAAUAUGUCUUGUGUUGUAUCAGAUUUCAAUAAAGGUUUAGUGGAGACA